GUGGUUCUCCUGGGGAUUGACAUCCUUUCUGCGCUCGUGUCCCGCUUGCAAGAUCGCUUCAAGGCCCAGAUUGGCACAGUGCUGCCAAGUUUACUUGAUAGGCUGGGAGACUCUAAGGACUCGGUGAGGGAGCAGGAUCAGACCUUGCUGCUAAAAAUCAUGGAACAAGCUGCUAACCCUCAGUACGUGUGGGACAGGAUGCUAGGAGGAUUCAAACACAAAAAUUUCCGGACGAGGGAAGGGAUUUGCCUCUGCCUUAUUGCAACACUCAAUGCAUCUGGAGCUCAGAGCCUGACACUGAGUAAGAUAGUGCCACAUAUAUGUAACUUACUUGGAGAUCCAAACAGCCAGGUUCGAGAUGCAGCGAUAAACAGCCUUGUGGAGAUUUACAGACAUGUUGGUGAACGUGUAAGGGCUGACCUCAGUAAAAAAGGAUUACCCCAAUCUCGGUUGAAUGUAAUUUUUACAAAAUUCGAUGAGGUCCAAAAAUCUGGAAACAUGAUCCAGAGUUCAGGUGAUAAAAUUUUUGACGAUGAAGACUCCGUGGAUGGGAACAGACCUUCCUCAGCUAGCUCCUCUACAUCUUCAAAGGCCCCUGCAAACUCACGUAGAGUUGGGAUGGGGACUACCCGCAGACUUGGGUCUGCAGCUCUGGGCUCCAAGUCUUCAACAGCCAAAGAGGGAGCAGGUGCUGUGGAUGAAGAAGACUUCAUUAAGGCAUUUGAAGAUGUCCCAACGGUUCAGAUUUAUUCGAGCCGGGAUCUUGAGGAAUCGAUAAACAAAAUAAGAGAGAUACUAUCAGAUGAUAAGCACGACUGGGAGCAGAGAGUUUCUGCGUUGAAAAAAAUCCGCUCCUUACUUUUGGCUGGAGCUGCAGAAUAUGAUAACUUCUUCCAACACUUAAGACUUUUGGAUGGAGCAUUUAAAUUAUCUGCUAAAGACCUGCGUUCUCAAGUAGUGCGAGAGGCUUGUAUCACGUUGGGACAUUUGUCAUCAGUUCUGGGAAACAAGUUUGACCAUGGGGCCGAAGCCAUCAUGCCAACAAUUUUUAAUCUAAUUCCGAAUAGUGCCAAAGUCAUGGCCACUUCGGGUGUUGUAGCAGUUAGAUUAAUCAUUCGACAUACGCACAUCCCUCGAUUAAUACCCAUCAUAACCAGUAAUUGUACCUCCAAGUCUGUUGCAGUUAGAAGGCGCUGUUUUGAAUUUUUAGACUUGCUGUUGCAGGAGUGGCAAACGCACUCCCUAGAAAGACACAUAUCAGUGUUAGCUGAAACGAUAAAGAAGGGAAUUCAUGAUGCAGACUCUGAAGCCAGGAUAGAAGCAAGAAAGUGUUACUGGGGUUUCCACAAUCACUUCAGCAGGGAGGCAGAGCAUUUGUACCACACCUUGGAGUCUUCCUACCAGAAGGCCCUGCAGUCACACUUGAAGAACUCUGACAGCAUCGUGUCCUUGCCCCAGUCGGAUCGCUCCUCCUCCAGCUCCCAGGAGAGUCUCAACCGUCCGUUGUCUGCCAAAAGAAGUCCUACUGGAAGUACCACAUCUAGAGCAUCUACAGUAAGUACAAAAUCUGUGUCAACACCAGGAUCUCUGCAGCGAUCCCGCAGUGACGUCGAUGUGAAUGCAGCAGCUAGUGCCAAGUCAAAAGUGACGUCUUCUGGAGCAUCCACCCCCUUCAGUUCUGCUGCAGCCUUGCCCCCAGGCUCAUACGCAUCACUAGAUGGUACUACCAGUAAAACUGAGGGUCGGAUUCGUACAAGGAGACAGAGCUCUGGCAGUGCCACAAGCGUCACAUCAACGCCUGCUGAUACCCGAGGCCGCAGCCGGGCUAAAGUGGUUUCCCAGUCCCAGCGAUCCAGAUCAGCUAAUCCUGCUGGUGCUGGUAGCCGGUCUAGUUCUCCGGGUAAGCUGUUAGGAAGCGCCUAUGGUGGCCUGAGUGGUGGAACAUCCAGAGUCCAGCCAGUGCCAUCAUCUUCAGAGAAGCGCAGCAAGAUCCCUCGGAGCCAGGGAUGCAGUCGAGAGACAAGUCCCAACAGAAUAGGACUAG